UCUUAUAGACGGGGUUUGUCCGUUACGGCCUCCACGGGCGCCGGCUGGAAGAAGAUGGGCGGGGGUGUUCUGUUCCAGCGGGGACGAUUCUGAACAAGCCCAGGGGAUGUAAAACUCAAGGCCUGAAAACAACAACAAGACAGCGUGUCCGCGAACGAAAGACCUUCACAGACUAUCUUGCUCCUCAUGGAAGCAGAUGCUUUCGUGAGGAAACGUCGGAUGACAACGGAGACCACGGGCGGGGAUCCCGGUGUUGCAGGAGCCUCUGCCGGGGCUGAAGUUCGAUGGCUGGGGGGCAGGUUCUGGGGAGUUUCGGAAAGUAUCGUGGGGAGUUUGACACCUCGGAUCGGCGGGGAAACAGAACUGCAGAAUGUCGGUUGUACCUGUAGUUUUCAAGAUGCACAAGCAGAGGACUUUGAGCCGGACUAUGAGGCUCUGCCACGGGGAGCUUCCACUAGCACCCACAUGUUGGCUGGAGCUGUGGCCGGAAUCAUGGAACACUGUGUCAUGUUUCCCAUCGACUGCGUGAAGACUCGAAUGCAGAGUCUGCAGCCAGACCCGGCAGCUCGGUACCGGAACGUGAUGGAUGCCCUCCGCCGAAUAGUGGCCACAGAAGGAGUGUGGCGCCCGUUGAGAGGCCUGAACGCCACGGCGAUCGGGGCCGGACCUGCACACGCCCUUUAUUUUGCCAGCUAUGAGAAGCUCAAAAAGACUUUGAGUGAUGUCAUUCAUCCAGGGGCUAACAGCCAUGUGGCUAAUGGAGCAGCUGGGUGCGUGGCCACGCUGCUUCACGAUGCCGCCAUGAACCCGGCAGAAGUUGUGAAGCAGCGCAUGCAGAUGUAUAACUCCCCGUACCGCGGCGUGUUGGACUGUGUACGCGCCGUUUGGCAGAAAGAGGGCCCCGCCGCAUUCUACCGCAGCUACACCACGCAGCUCACCAUGAACGUGCCCUUCCAGGCUCUCCACUUCAUGACCUACGAGCACCUGCAGGAGCUGCUGAACCCCCACAGACAGUACAACCCCUCGUCCCACAUGCUCUCCGGAGCUUUAGCCGGGGCCAUCGCGGCGGCUGCCACCACGCCGCUGGACGUCUGCAAGACCCUGCUGAACACGCAGGAGUCGCAGGCUCUCAGCUCCUCCAGCCACGGAGCCCACAGACACAUCUCAGGCCUGGCCCACGCCUUCCGGACAGUUUACAGGCUGGGCGGCCUGCGGGGCUUCUUCAAGGGAGUUCAAGCCAGAAUCAUCUACCAGAUGCCCUCCACCGCCAUCAGCUGGUCGGUCUACGAGUUCUUCAAGUACGGACUCACCAAGCGUCAACACAAGAAGAGGAAAACACACGGAGGCUGAGAAAAAGUUGUCUCACUGGGUUUAAACUCCUCUAAUAAUGUUCUUCUGGGCUGUGAGGAGGAAUUAAUGCGCACAUAGAACCUCUGCAAGUCAGCAGAUAAGACCUCUCCACGGCAGUUUGAGUAGUUCUGUCUGAGACGCAGUUUCAAGAGUAGUUCUAACUUCAGUUCAUCUCUUGUAGGAGAAAAACAUGUUUGCAAAUGUAUCCACAAAAACAGCCUGCAGGGGGCAGUGUUGUGGUGUAACUUUUGCAGCAUCUGCUACUUGUUGAUUACCAUUUCACACAUAAAAAAGAUCAUUGGCAUUUGUUUUUCCAGCUGUGAAGUUUUUCAACCAAAGCUCAGUUGAUGAAAAUUAAACAGUCUCAAUCUGUAUGAUUUAAUAUUAAUGUCCUGAACAUUAAGGUAUGAGUGAAACUGGAUGUGAAAUCCACUGGUGCAUAUUUAUUUUUCCCUCUUUAUCUGAGGAUAAAAUACCAACUUUUACCAAUUAAAUUGGGCAAUAUAAAUAUAUAUAAUUUAGGGCAAUACAGUUUAUUUUUUCACUGUCAUUUUGCAGUCUGACAGAGCAGAUAAUUGCAGCUUUCUCUGCAAAUGUGCACAUGUACUUACAUAUCAUAAACAUGCUGGUUUAUUUGAAAUGUCCAUGUUUCAUUCUGACACUGAAUUGCACUCUUUGAAUAAAGUCUCUGCAGGAGGACUCUACUCGCUGCUUAAACGAAA